AUGGGCGAAGCAGGCGCUGACUCCAAGGAUCUCGUGAACUGCCAUAAGAUAAAGAUUGUUCUAAUGCCACUUGGUGCCUCCGUGGAAACUCCAAGGGAGAACCCAGCAUUAGUGGAGUCUGAGGCGGCAGAACCCCCGGAGGAGGCCUUCAACCCCAUGUCACAGCUGGCCCGAAGGGUUCAAGGGGUUGGGGUGAAGGGCUGGCUGACAAUGUCAUCUCUGUUUAACAAAGAAGAUGAGGACAAGCUGCUGCCACCAGAGCCCUGCGCUGAUCACCCGCUGGCGGCGCCUCCCCCGUCGCAGGCGGCCGCGGCCGAGACGGAGCCGCGCGGGCCGGGAUUCUGGGACGCGUUCGCCAGCAGAUGGCAGCAGCAACAGCAGGCGGCGGCGUCCAUGCUGCGCGGCGUGGAGACCCCCGCGGAGCGGGACCCCGAGCCCGGGGACAAGCCGGCCGAGGAGGCCGCGGAGUGCCCCGAGACCCGGGAGGUGGACCCCGCGGCAGGCUUCAAGUGGGGUUUCCUCACCCACAAACUGGCAGAGAUGAGGGUGAAGACCGCGCCCAAGGGCGACUAG